CUCAGCUGCAUCUGACUAUUGCUGGGAGCCCUUCUUGUGUCCAUCCUCAUGAUGCUGUGGUCACUUCUUCUGGUCUUUGCUCCGGCAACUGUCCAGUCUUACUGGCUGAGCAUCUACAUGCCACGUGAUGUUUAUGAAGGAGACCAGGUGGUAAUAAGAUGCUCUGGGAAUAAUAAUGGUCAAAUAAGAAGACUAAAGUUCUACAAGGAUGGAGCUCAGAUCGUCACCUACAGUAGUGCCUCAAGCUAUACCAUUUCCAAUGCAAAGCGCAGUGACAGCGGCUCCUAUUACUGUAAAGCAGACAGAGAACUUUUCCUAUUUGUAGAAGCGACAGAAGAAACAAACUCUGUGUGGCUCAGUGUCCGAGAGCUGUUUCCUGCACCUAUGCUGACAGCCAGCUCCACCCAGCCCACCGAGGGGAGCUCAGUGACCCUGACCUGUAGCACCCGGCUCCCUUCAGAUAGAUCAACCACCCAGUUGUACUUCUCUUUCCUCCGAAGCGGCCACACCCUGCAGUCAGGCUGGAGAUCAGCAUUUAACAUCUCAGCAAUUUGGAAAGAAGAUUCGGACUACUACCAAUGCAAGGCAAAGACAGCAUCUCACAGUGUUUCCAAGAGCAGUGCACAGUCCUAUCUCGACGUGCAGAGGAUCCCUGUGUCCCAAGUCUUCAUGGAGACCCAGCCCCCAGGAGGCCAGGCAGUUGAAGGGGAGACACUGGUCCUUGUCUGCUCCGUGGCGGAAGGCACAGGGUAUACCACGUUCUCCUGGCACAGGGAGAACAUGAAGGAGAGUCUGGGGAGGAAAACUGAGCGUUCCCAGAGAGCAGAGCUGGAGAUCCCUGCCAUCAGGGAGAGCCAUGCCGGCGGCUACUACUGCACAGCUGACAACAGCUACGGCCCUGUCCACAGUGAGGUGGUGACCAUCACUGUGAGAGUUCCAGUGUCCAGUCCUCUCCUCACCUUCAGUGCUCCUGGAGCCUUGGCCUUCAUGGGAGAUGUAGUAGAGCUUCAUUGUGAAGACAGUAGAGCAUCUCCCCCCAUUCUGUACUGGGUUUUUCAUGAAAAUGUCACCCUGGGGAAGGCCUCAGCACCAUUUGGAGGAGGAGUAUCCUUCAACCUGUCUCUGAGUGCAUGGCAUUCUGGGAACUACUCCUGUGAGGCGGACAAUGGCUGGGGGUCCAAGCGAGGUGCGGUGGUAACACUCCAUGUCAAAGAGGCCCCUCCCAAAGUCCGUCUGACAAACGGUGCCCACCGCUGCGAAGGACGGGUGGAGGUGGAACGGGAAGGCCGCUGGGGCACUGUGUGCGAUGACGGUUGGGACCUGAAGGAUGUGGCCGUAGUGUGCCAAGAGCUGGGCUGUGGAGCAGCCAAGCACACCCCUGCAGCCAUGCUGUACCCCCCAGCGGCAGGCACGGCCCUGCCUGUGCUCAUUCAGGUGGCCCUGUGUAACGGGACAGAGCAGGCUCUGGCUGCCUGUGAGCAAGUGGACACCUUUGACUGUGGCCAUGAUGAGGAUGCAGGGGCUGUGUGUGAAGAUGGGUAAUGGCAGAGCCUGGGAGGAGGGUACAGAAUGGUGGACAAACCCACCUCUGAUGGCUGCCACCAUCAUUUCUACUUUGUGCAACCACUGUACCUUUCUCCUUCAGAACCAGCCACCCAGCCAGGUACUGGUGACUCACAUGUAUAAAAUCUUAGUUACUCAGAAGACAGUUCAUCCAGUGUGGAUGGAAAAGUCGAUGAGAUGCUUAUCUUUUAUUUCUUUUUUUUCUUUUUUCUUUUG